AUGACAGCAGCACCCACUGACCUUCGUACGAGCCCAACCGAUAGCAGCGCACAUGAGUCCAUCCUGCUGCUCGACCAGCAGCGAACACAAGCGUAUCCAACAGCGCACAUGAUAGCGCGCAUGUGCACAACCAGAAGCAGCGCGCACGAGAACGACCUGCAGCAGCGCGCACGAAUUCAUCCAGCAGCGGGCACGACCACCAGCGAACACGAGAACGAUCAGCAGCGGGCACGACCACCAGCGAACACGAGAACGAUCAGCAGCGCGCAUCAGCACGAUCAGCUGCAGCGCGCAGUCUUCCCUCACGACCCACCGCUCGCCUGCACGCCCUGCACGCCCUAG